AUGAUACCAAACGAUGCGUUUCUGCACAAUCAGGGACCACUAGCGCGUGUGUGGCUCGCUGCACACUGGGAGCGCAAGCUUAGCAAGACCCAGUUCUUGCAGACAUCUAUCCCUUCCAACGUCGAUAUGAUUGUGGACGAGGAUGAGGGGCAGAUUGCGCUCCGCCUCAGCGGUCAGCUCCUGCUGGGAUUCGCGCGCAUAUACUCCCGCAAGGCCAAGUACCUCCAGGAUGACUGCUCGGACAUGCUCCUGCGCAUCAAGGUGGCCUUUCGUGGCUCGGCUGUGAUUGACCUCUCGCAAGAACAACUGCAUGUCUCGCGCGCUGCCAUCACACUGCCGGACAUGUUCUCGCCCAUGGACCUCCUGAUGCCUGAGCCGACACUGAGCGACUGGGGCAUUGGCUCUCGGCCACGUCAUAUGGCACGUCAUGCCGACAUCACGCUCCCAGACACGCAUUAUGAAAUGCAGGACGAAGAAGACGAACAUAUACCCCUCGGUCCAGACGGCUCGAUUUUGGGCAUGUCUGUGCAAGGCUUUGACUUGGGUCUUGUGGAUGAAAGCACGCCAUCGCGUGCGGUGCCGCCGCCCAAACGCGCUCGUCGAGAGACGCAGCGGCGGUCAGACGUCACGCGGCAUACACUGCCAGACUUGGACGACUCGUUCGAAAGCGUGGGUGUCGCGCGUCGUGCGCCGUCGACCGAAGCAGCUGCGAUGUCUGAGCAUGUGCAGGCUCUGGUUGGUGAUGUGAAUCUUAGUGCGGAUUUGUCGCUGGAGCCUCUAGCACCGAUGGACAUGAGCGGCGCGGCCGACGUGACGACGGACACGGUGGGCUUUGAUGUGCCUGACGUCCCGAUGGCUGGCACGCCGCCACCCGUGCCAUCCGUGUAUGCGGCUCCGCGUGCUCCGAGCACACCUUCUCGCCACUUGACGCUGGACGACGUGGCACAUGCCGAACUCAACCCACACACUAUGGCUAGACUGCGUACGGCCGCACAGCAACAGGCAGCUUCGAGCGCCAAAGCACCACGAAAACGGCCUAUUCAGGACGACGUAACGGAGAUCUUCCCUGCGCGCGCGCGCUCGCUCCAGGCUCGCGCCGCGUCUGUGGCGCGCACGAUGAACAAGGAGUCGCAUGAGCAGCACUGCCUUCCUGCGUCGCGCGUUCAGCUCGCAGCUAUGGCAGACCAAGCCCGCGGCGCGAAAACAGCGGUACCUCGGGGCCUUGAUAUGGCGUGGGGUGCGGCCGUCGAAGGCUUGGAUGCCAACAUGACAUGGGACGCGCGGCGUGCAUGGCUCGCGACACAGGCAUUUGCGCGUGAAAGCGAGAUGCAGCUUUGGCUUCAUGCGAUUCACGAGCAGGCCCAGGCGCUGAACAUGGACGAGGAAGCGUUCCCGAUGGAAGUUGGUCGCCGUGCACCGGACGCGCCGCCUGCCUGGCCCGACGUGAUGGACAUGGAUGUGUCCGACGUAUCCAAGCCGGCUGAGGGCUUCGACGUGUCGGAUGUGUCGCAUGUGCCGCUCGAUGAUAUGCCGCUCCCCGACGUGCCCAACAUGGAAGAGGAGCCAGCUGAGCCGCCUGCGCCCCGGCGGUCAUCGCGUCGCCAACAUACGAGGGAGGACGAGGAAGACCGUGGGCGUCUCGCGCCCCUCUCGCGCAUGUCGACGCCCGAGUAUGAUGGCAACGACGAGGUGCAAGUGGAUGUGCCGGCCUCCAACCCCCUUGUCGCGUUUGACUCGCGCGCGCCCGACACGUCGGUGCACGGCGACACGAUCCGGACGAAGCGCGCAGCGCAUGUCCUGCGUACGCAGAUGGGCGAGUCGGACACCGUUUCGUUCCGCGCGCUCUCUGCGAAUGCGACGCGACGAGCGGCGGCAGGUUUCUUUUUCGAGAUGCUCGUACUUGGCACGCGCGACUGUGUGCAGCUCAAGCAGGAUACGCCGUACGGCGACAUUGGCGUGCGUGCCAAGCCAGCGUUGCAAGGUAUAUAG